GUGGGCAUCAUACCUUUAUUGAGCCAUCGCUGGAGGGAAUCAAUAUGAUGCGCGCCUCUGUUUUUGCCCGUGGGGUCUUUGUAGCAGUGCUUGUCGCUGUGGGUGCCGGGGCGUAUAAUGAUGUGCCCAUCAAUGCUGACACGUCCAUUACCAUGGGACAAUGUCCAGCCUAUGACGAUCCCAGCCGUGUUGUGAUGCUGCCAUUCCCCAGUGACUGCCGCAAGUACUUUACCUGCCUCCGAGGCCAUUCCUACCUGCAGCAGUGUCCGGACAACUUGUUUUGGAGCCAGCGUAACUACCGUUGCGAUUACCGAGAGUACUCCGACUGCCAUGCCCCGGACACAGAGGGUUGGGUGGAAUACAGCGCCUAUCCUGGAGACUGCAGUCGCUUCUACGAGAAGCGGGUCCUUCGCUGUGCCAAUAACUAUCUAUUUAAUCCGCGUAGUCAGAGCUGCGAGCAUUCUCAGUACGUCGGCAGCUGCGAGUCUCUGCCACCUUGGAACAGCGUGCCACCAACCGAUCCCAAUUAUCCCAUGAUCCCAUCUAUAGUGCCCACUGCUGCCACUCCACCGCCAAUAGCCUCCUGGCCUGCUCCAGAGCCGGACUACAAUGCCCCGAUCGAUGCACAGUCGCUGUGCAGGAAUAGCGUCCCAAAUUCAUAUAUUCCGUUUCCCGGGGACUGCCACAAGUUUAUCCACUGUGGCCCAACGGCCACUAUGCUGAAUUGCCCGGCUGACUUGUUCUGGAACCCCAGUAUGGUUUCCUGCACUGCCUCCAGCAGUGGAUGCCAGAUAUUCCACUAAAACUGAAACCAAAACGAGGUUUAUGUCACGGGAUUGAUUCGAAAACCCGUUUUAUUUUGCAUAUUCAAUAAAUGCACAUUAAAUAUUUCAUCAAGA